AAGGUUAAGCAAAAAUUUGCCUCGGACAUGGAUUUCGCCUUCUCAAAGGAGUAUCUCUCUGGCGUGUUACAGGUGACGCAGGAACAAAUUGACGAUUUGCACAUGAAGCACGAAAACUUUAAGUACUUGGUGGAGCACCACGCGGACCAGCUUCUUCUGCCUGGCAAGUCUGCGGGACGCGGUAUUGUCUAUGUUGGUGGUGGUAAGUUCUCCUGGCUAGAUGUAAUUUCGAUUCAGCAGCUUAGACGUCUGGGCUCGACCCUUCCGGUGGAAGUGUUCAUUCCGACCGAGGAGGAGUACGAGGCGGAGUUGUGUGAGUUUAUUUUGCCUAAGCUUGGCGGUCGGUGCAUGCAGUUGGCGGAGCUCAUUCCGCAGCAGACGUUGCAAGGCUUCCAGAUCACGGGGUUCCAAUACAAAUCGCUUGCUUUGCUUGUGUCUCAUUUUGACGAGAUUCUUUUCUUGGACUCGGAUAACGUGCCGACGUCCAACGUGGACCAUCUCUUCAAGGCAGAGCCAUUCACGUCCACCCAGGCUGUGUUCUGGCCGGACUCCUGGGCCCGAACCACUCAUCCGCAGCUCUAUGAGAUCAUGGGUUUGGAGGUGAACGAACGGCGCAAGGUCAGAGGCAACGACUUAACGAACCUCGACCCAGCCACCUCCCACUUUCACGACUUCCAGGGCACCCUAGGCAACCCCUCCACCGAGACAGGAGUUUUUAUGCUCAACAAACGUACCCACCGCAAGACCUUGCUUUUGUCCUUGUACUACAACAUCUACGGUCCCGGGUAUUAUUACCCCUUGAUGUGCCAGGGGGGCGCCGGGGAGGGGGACAAAGAAACAUUUAUCUUUGCCGGAUUUGUGCUUAAAGAGCCAACCUAUCUGGUGCAGAAGCUCGCCUGGUGGAUUGGUUUUCAUGACGACGAUGAGUUCCACGCUAAGGCCUUGGGCCAGCACGAUCCAGUGUCGGACUUUAAGCGCUCUAAACUCGUCAAAGUUCCAGAAGAUAAGAAGCCAGAUGUCGACCUCGGCUUCAUGCACAUGGGGUAUCCGAAGUUGUUCCCGGAAAUGCUUAUGGGUGAAGUACUCUAUGGCGAAGGUAACCAACAGCAUAGACGGUUGUAUCAGGACCUUACCCGGAAGUUGGGCUAUGAUUUCGAGUUCACAAUGUGGAAAAUCAUGGCGCAGAGCUUGUGCGAUGUGAGUGACAUGGGAGCCAAGUUUCCCCUCACCCAUGUGCCGGGCAUUGAA